AUGAAUAGGGACAAUUGCAACCUCAAGUUCGAUCUCAUUGCUCAUUUCAUCAAGGGACAAAUUGCAAUAUCACCAGAAUUGCCUCUUACUACCAUAAUUGAGGUCAUAAAUGAGAAGUUUCAAUUCACGAUAUCAUAUAAGAAAGCGUGGCUUACUAGGACGAAAGCUAUUGCAAUGGUGUUUGGGGACUGGGACGAGUCGUACCGAAGGUUGCCUAGAUAUAUGGUUGCAUUGCAGGCAUUCAAUCUAGGCACAGUUGUCAUGUGGGACAUGAUCCUGAAAUUGCAAUCUACCUCAAUCGGUACUAAAAUGUACAUGAACGAUGUGUUCUGGGCAUUUAAACCAGCAACAGAAGGCUUCAAGUACUCGUCCAGUGAUAUGCAUUGA